UGACGUCAGAUUGAAAUAAUUACAAUUGAUCGUACGCAAUCCAAUCCCGAGGAAAGUGGACUGAGUUUGAUGCUGAGCAGCUUUUUAUUACUAAUUCCCUUCAAAACGAUUUCUCAAGUCUCUACUGUUUUGUUGUUCGUAUACCAUAUUUUUAAUCGGGAAUACCUUGUGAUCUUGAUAAACAAAAUGUCCUGUGGAUCAUGAGAAGAAAGUUUCUGUAGUUUUCAUGAGUGAGUGAUUAUAGUUCGCGAAGCCAUUCGCAAACUACAAAAUAUUUAAAGACUGAUAAAGAAAGUGAGCGUGGAAAUCGUAUCAAAAUGAUGGAUAUCGACACUCCAGAUUUUUCCAGCAAAGAUGAAGAAAUCCAGUUUUGGAUGGACCUUGCCCAUCAAAUGCAUCAAAGAAAGGAAGAUGUUGAACGUGAACUGGAAGAAUUCCAAGAAAAUUCACAAAUGUUGGAAAAGGAACUGGAAACGUCCUUGGAGCAGGCAGAAAAAACUAUCAGAGAAUUACAACAAAGAAAUUGUAGGUUGGUUAAUGAAGUAGAACAAUUAAGGGUUCGUCAAGAUCAGCAAGCUGCUGACUGUGCCAUGUUUCAAACACGAGCUCAAGAACUUCAAAUUCUUCAAGAGCAACAACUCAAAUAUAUUCGCGAAAUAGAGCAAAAAAAUGAUGAUCUCGAAAGAGCUCACAGAAUAAGUAAAGCGACAGAAGAGGAAUUUGAGGCGAAAUUCAAUCUUGAAAUAGAAAAAAAUGCGCUCCUUGAAUCUGAAUUGGACGAAAAGGAUGGUUUGAAAGUAAUUGUACAGAGACUUAUGGACGAAAUAAGAGACCUGAAACAAGAAAUUCAAGUACAAGAGAGACGACAGCCCGACAAUGAUAAAUCAGCAGCUGAUCGUGUUCGCAAUCAUGUUGACAGCAACAAACUUCAAGUUGAACUUGAAUCACAUACACCGCCCUCGAGUCCAAUUGUCACUCAAAAUUUAACGCCAACCGUCAAUUCAUCAACGCCUCAAACUAAGAUUGCAAAUGGCGUGGGGGGCGUGAUUGGCAACAACAAUAACAACAUGAAUCCCCCCUUGGCACCAUGCACGAGAAUAUUAGCCAUGAACAUGAUUGGUGACCUCAUGAGAAAAGUUGGGGCACUGGAAAAUAAAUUAAAUACUUGUCGUAAUGCUUCACGGGAGGAUCAAGCUGUAAGAGAUCUCUACAGGACAAGAAGACAAGUACGAGGCUUAGCAACAGGCAACAACAAUCAUAUUCGAUUGUAAAACAACUUCCGAUCACAGUACGAAAGAAAUGUGAGCUAGAAAUUUUUUUUUCAUAUACAACAUCUUGAGUUAGCAGUUUUUUUUUCAUUUGUAUAAUCAUCAUUGAAUGCAUCAAACGAUAUUUAAUCAUUUUACUUGAAAUGACGAUCUUGUAUUAGAUAUAGGAAGAAAGAACUAUACUCUCUAUUUAUCUAUUUCCUCAUUUUAAUAAUCGUGACUGAAAUACUCCUCUGCUAAUUGCCCAAUUAAAAAAAAAAAUUGAUUUCAUAAUUUUUAUUCCAAUGAAAAAAUUAAUAUUCAUAAGAAUAUUGAUACUUUUGUAAAUUUUUUUUUGCUUGAAAAAAAUUGUUGACAAAGCAAAAAGAAAAAACGUUCUUUGACAAUUUUCUCUGCAAAAAUGAAUUUGAAACUGAGUUUCUGUAUUUUCUAAAUAUAGAAAAUUUAUUCAUUUUAUAAACUGCAAUAUAAGUUUUCUAAGUUUUGAAAUUUUUAUAAAUUUUGAAACAAAAUAUGAUUUUAUUUUUGUAAAUUUCUUUAUAACUUGUAUCAAGAAAAUUGUGUUUUUCUUUUUAGUUUAACAAUAACAGUUUAGAAAAGGAAAUAGAUUUUUUGUGUUAAAAAAUUUUUCAAGAAUUUUAUGAUUUAUACUGUUGUUUGUGUGAAUUUUUUGUAAAAUUUUUAACAGUCAGCAAAUGAGUAGAAUUUUUUUGUAAAUAUACUUAUAUACAUAUAUAAGCGUUAAUUUAUAAAGACCAAGAUGUUUGUAAAUUUGAGAGUUAAUUGUUUUCGUGUUGUAGAUAUAUAUAAUUAUGAAAUGUCCCCGAAGAAAAAAAACAUUUUAUUGAUUAACUAAUUUUCUAUAAGUUUUGUAGAAUUACAAUAAUUAUUUGUUUCUUAUGAUGUGAAGAAAAAAAAAAAUUUUUAUAGCGGAGAAGAAUGAACAGCAAAAAGAUUUAUUCAGAAUGAAAAAAAAAAGAAUGAAGUAUUUUUACAAUGAGUGACUGAAUAUUUUUGAACUGUGAGUUUGAUAAUCGAAUUUUUUUUUUUGACAAAAAGAAAUAUCAAAAUGUACAACGGAUAAUAAUUUUUUAUAAUUCAAAAUUCCUUAUUACUAAUGAUAGCUUUAUAGAAAAAAAAAAAAUUCUUCGUAUUCCCAGGAUUAUUUUCACGUAUACUAAUUAUCAAUUUUAAUUAUAAUCACUGAUGAUUCAUGAAACUGGUGUUUCAUAUGAUUAAUUAAAAUUUUUAAAUAAAAAAACAAUGAUUUAGGAUAAAUUUUAAUAUUCAGAGAAAUUAAAUAAUCGCUUCGUUCCUUAAGCAGAGAUUAAAAGAAAAUUUUUUUUAUUUAACAAAAUUUAAAUUGUCACUAAUAUUUUAAUUGAUUUUAUUUUUGCAAAAUUUUAAUUUAUUUCUUUGAAAAAAAGUGCAAUAAUAUAUUUAUUCUAGAAUUAAGUUCAUAUUUAUUUUGCGAAUUGUACAACUUUUUUUUCAACUUUGUGCUUUAAAAUCAUAAUUUUUAACAAAUAAAGUUAAAAAAAAAAUAUUUAUUCUGUUUUCAAUUUUAAAAUUAUUUGUUAUCUCUUGUUUUAUUGCAAAAGAAAAUAUAAUAAUUAUACUAUAUUAUUAUGUAUACUUUAAAAAAGAAAUAUAUAUAUAAAAAUAUAUUCAAUAAAAUUUUCGACCUAAUUCUAUAACGCGGGUUCAUAUAUAUUUGACUUCUCAGAAAAUACCUCAAAUAUAUUCAAAACAAUAUAGUUUUGUAGCCAAAUUGUGAUAUACUCUGAAUUAAAAAUUGUAUUGUCAUUAAAAUAUGUAGAAAAAGUUGCUCCAUCAGUUCUAGUUGUAUGUUAUAUCGAAUCAUUUAUAAAAUAAAUAAAAAUUGCAAAUUAUAAAAUUGUUUUUCCUAAAAAAUUACAAAAUGAUUUUUAUAAAUCUAUUUCAAGAAGAAAAUGACCGCCUGUUCCUAAUCUUAUUUUUUAAAAUGAUUUUCUUUAUUAAUUUUCGUAAAAUCAAACAAUUUACGCAAAUUCCUGAUUUUUUCUACUUUUAUUUGCGUACAACUUUAAAAUUUAUAUAAAAAUAUGAUGUCUAAAUUAAAAAUAAAUUUUUCUUCAGUCUCCGUCAUGUGCUGCCACCUAACACGUUGAAAGUACCAUUUUGAAAAGUGUAACUUGUUCAAAUAUGUUAGAAAUGUUUAACGUUUUGCAAAUGCAAAAUACCUAUUUGUUAAAAAUAAUUGAAAAGAAAUAGUAGUUUUCAAUCACUUCAAAGAAAGAAAAUUCUAAUCAUAAAUCGUAUAAAAAAACAAAUUAAAUGAGCACUCUUAAAAGAUAUAGGAAGAUAAAUGAAAGUAGAAACAAAAUAUUGUGUGUUUAAUAUUUAUUUAAGAAAUUAGGGAAUUUUGUCACACAAAAACUAGGAAGGUCCCAGAGUCAAUUAAACAUAAUUUUCAUACAACCAGGUGUUAAAGUUACUUGCUAUUUUUCUUUUACUAUUGGAUCAAACUAUAGGAAACAUCUUAUUAUCUAAAAGGACUCACUAUUGUUUAUAUAGUUACAAGUACAAUUAUAAGAACGAUCAUGAGCAACGAGGGAAAAAAACGAAUGACUGACUUUCAUAAACAAAAAUUGUCAGUUAACUAAAAAAAAAAAAAAAACAAGGAAAUGAGAAAUUGAAAAAACCCUUUUAAGAGAAUUCGCUUCAAUUUUUUAUAAAUUUUUUUCAAUUUCUUUCAAAAAGUUUAUCAAAUUGUCAUAUCACAAAUCUUAUCAAUGAAACUAGUGUUUGUUUUUUUUGUCAAUUAACACCGCGAUAGUAGUACUAACUUAAAUUUAGCAAAUUGAUGAAUACAAAAAAGAUUUAAAAUUACUGUAAUUAGAAUGAGAUUCCAAAAAGGGUUGCUGAUGAAUAUAAAUUGAUAACAUGUUAUUAAUAAAUCGAAAACGAGAUUCCAUGGGAAUUUUCCUUCUUUUUUUUGUUUUU